AAUACGCCCGUUUUGCCCCUUUCCGAAAGGAAAGACCGCCCGCAAAUACCGCCUGGCAGCCGAAGCAGAAGCUGCCGACCGAAAUCGAGCACACGCGCGCUGAAACGUUCGCGUUCGAAGGAAAUCGCAUCAACCUCGCGUUGCACAGCCCAUUCCCGCCCUUCCGGCGUGCUUUGCCACUGCGCCCGUGUGCCGUGUGUGUGUGUGUGCACGUUCGCGAAAGCAUCAUCUAGAAGAGCACGCAGUGGAAGAAAACAACAACAAAACCGCGUGUUUGUUUGUGUGUGUGUGUGGGUGCGCCAAUUAAUCCCCCCAUCCCAUCCGUUUCCCUCCCGCUAACAAACACACACACACCUACAUUUUCCGGUCGUGUAGCGCCGUGUCCCAACUUUCCUUUGCUUUUCCUCUCUUCCAUUCCCUUCUCGCCGCGUCCCUCUCUCUCGCUCGCUACCUGUUGUGACCUAGCCGGGCGUGACAAUUGUGUGCGCAGGGCAGUAUGGCGGCCACGGCCGAAUGGGAGCCACCGGUGGCACCGGAAGCGGCCCCGGUGGCGCAACCGGAACGCAAGGGGACGGCACCGGCGCCCGGCCCACCGGCCGCAAUCAACCGGAAAGCGGAAAACAAUCAACCGGACGAGAUACACUACGUCAACCCGUUCGUGCACAAGCUCGUCUGGGACGAUCCGAUCGACAAGGCCAAGACAGCACUGCUGACGGUGAUACUGCUGCCAUUUCGCGUCGUCCUAAUUCUCGUCUGUCUGGUGGUGGCAUGGGCCCUCGCCAAUAUCGGCCUCUAUGGACUGUCCAAGGAGGAUCUGCGUACGAAGCCACUGGUCGGCUGGCGGCGCCAGUUGCGCCAUCUGACCGCGCUCGUGAUGCGCACGCUCUUCCUGUUCGGCUCGUUCAACUACAUCCGGUACAAGGGCGUCCGGGCGUCGCCGAAGGAAGCGCCGGUCAUCUGUGUGGCGCCGCACACCGCAUUCUACGACUCGGUGUGUGUCGUCCUGUUCGGGCCGUCGGCCGUCGUCGCCAAGUAUGAGACCGCAUCGCUGCCAUUCUUCGGAAAGCUGAUUGACUACGCCCAACCGAUCUACGUGUGCCGGGAGGAUCCCCAUUCGCGCCAGACGACGAUCCGGGAGAUUAUACAGCGCGCCAACUCGAAGGAGGACUGGCCCCAGAUACUCAUCUUCCCCGAGGGGACCUGCACGAACCGGACGUCGCUGAUCAAGUUUAAGCCGGGUGCGUUCUACCCGGGCGUACCGAUCCAGCCGGUGCUGAUGCGCUACCCGAACAAGGUGGACACCGUCACCUGGACCUGGGAGGGGCCGAACGCCAUCCAGCUGCUGUGGCGCACCCUAACGCAGUUCCACACGUUCUGCGAGAUCGAGUUCCUGCCCGUGUACUACCCGAGCGAGGCGGAAAAGGCCAACCCGAAGCUGUACGCCGACAACGUGCGCAUGCUGAUGGCGAAGGCGCUCGACAUACCGAUCUCCGAUUACACCUUUGACGACUGCAAGCUGAUGACGUUCGUGAAGAAUGUCGGCAUGCCUCAUCCGGCCGCGAUUGCGGACAUUGGAAAGCUGCGCGAAACGCUGAAAAUUGCCGCCACCGAUCGGGAAAGCAAGAUCGUGGCGAGUGAGCGCCAAUUCACCGAUGCGAACAGUUUGCUCACCUACCCACAGUUUGCCGAGCGGAUGCAGCUGGACGUGCAGCAGGAGGCAGCACACAAUCUUUUCCACAAACUGAUCCGGCCUGAAACGCCGGAUGUGAUUGAUUUCAGAGAGUACCUACUACUUGCACUGUUCUUGAUCACACUGUACAAGCCGAAACUAAUCUUUGUUGAAUAUCUUUUUCAUCUGUACGGUGUGAAUGGACGUGUGAACCGUACGCAACUGUACCAAACCCUCCAGAAUCUGGUACGAAUCUCGCAGAAGGAGCUGAACAGCAUCUUCCUACAGGCGGAUCCGGACAAUCUUGGCACGAUUGACUACAGUCAAUUUGUCAAGGCAAUAGAGCGCAAUCCACUGCUAGCCAAGCUGCAGAAGAAUAACGAUCCCAACAACCUAAGACUGGGCUAAAGCAACGCACAAUCUGAACUCUACUCUCUCGCUCGCUGCUACUGUACGGGUUUACACCACACGCUCUUUCCUCCCCCAUUGCUGGCCACCGCUGCGGACCUGCGUAGGUGCCAGCAACUUUGUCGCUAGCAUACGCUCCUGACCGUUGAAGCAGACUGUGGGAACUUAAAAAAAUAUAUAUAAAUAUGUAGGCUAGACAUAAGCCAGCGGGGGAAAAAAACAAAAAUCGACGUUCGACGUCAAACUCCGUUCCAAUCUCAAUGCCGCGAGCGCACGCGCUGCAUUUGAGCCACCACGAUGGUGUUUGUAUGCGCUUCGAUGAGUGUUAGGAGGUGUUUUUGGUUGUUGUGUCGUUGUGGCGAUUUUGAAUGGCUUAAACAUGGAAAGGUGUGCGUGUGUGUGUGUAUGUGUGUAUGUGUAAAGCUUUCGUCCAGCGAGUUGUAAUUAUUCCGUGUUCAUCCUUUACGUUUAGGGCCAAAACCAAGGCCGCGGUGUAGCGCGGCAGCACAGCGCAUUACGUUGUAGCGCACAUAUGUUUGCACAAUUUGUUCUUAAAUCGUACACAUUCAUACAAUCAAUGUGUGUACGCAUGUGGACGUAUGUGUAUUGCCGUGUCGUCUAUAAGUAAUAAUUAUCUAUAUAUGUAUCACCGUUCCGCACUGGGCGGCGCAGGUCGCGUGCAACAACUACUCAAGCAACUGUUAGGUUACGUUUAAGUGUUAAGAAGAUGCAGGAUUCUAAAUGCUCAUGCCAAACAGAAGGUCUGAAGUCCGUACUCCGAGACGGGCGAGCGUUUCGCAGGAUUCGUGAAACGUCAUGUGGUAUGUGUUUGUUCUUCGUUGUAUGAUUAUUAUUAACUUGGCUUGAUGGAACAGUCUGGUUUGAAUUUGGGUUUUGCUGCGGCAGCACUACAUCUUUGGUUCGCUAUUGUGGGGUCUUUCUUAAUGAAAGAUUCUGCAACAAAAACAACAAAUAGCACAAAAACGGAGCAAUGUCGUCGUUGUUUGUCAUCAGCCUGAGAGCUUCAACUAUUACAAAAACACAAAAAAGUAGUAGAUCUAUUACACAUACACGAAACUCGUUCGACGCACGAGUAAAUUCUAAUCAAAGAAACACACUUAAAAGGAAACAAAAAGAGUAAACUUAAAGUUAAAAAAACGAAAAUAAAGUCAUGCUAAGGUAUAGAUGCAAAAAAAAUGUAUGGAUGUGUACGGGAAUAUAUAUAUAUAUGUGUGUGCAUGCGUGUAAAUGUAUGUUUGUGUGGGCUAUGUAGCUCCCCGCUCCUGCUAAGCCGACAAGGAAAGGCGACAAAAAAGCUUCCAACAAACAUAAACAUGUAGGCAACGUGAUAAGACGCAAAACACGCAAACGUAUAUAGAAGAAAAAAAACGAAAUAAUUUCGAACCACGCGCCCAAACGGAGGAGAACCAAACGGAAAUAAGCUUUUGUGAAUAAAAUUUGCCAAAAGCAAAAAGCCUAAGAACGUAUAGAGCAGUCAAACAUGCACGAAUAGACAGGCGUUAAAGCUGGUUAAGAAGAGCAGCAGAACUUGUUGUUGUUUUUUUUUUUUUUUGAAAAAUGCACAAUAUGCGCAGAAAAACACACACUCACACGGAUGAAGAGAUAUUUUGAGUAUUUAUUUAUUGACUAAGUGUCUAGCCGUAGAUGCGCAUUUUGCUGGGCUGUACGAUUGCCACAGCUAUGAGAAGGGGCGGGCGACCCUUGGGUCAUCCGGCACAAAACGGAGAGAAAAGCUGUAACCGAAAUGUCGUAGUGUAAACAAAAUCUACAUACACACAUACACACACGCUCUCACACACAACUACGAAACAAAACAGAACAAAAACGGUCAUAGAAAACAUACAGAACACAACCGAACUGGCACAAAGGUAUAUAAGAAAUAGAGAUAAUUUAAUAUACAUAUAUUGCAAAAAAAAAGUAAUGAUGCCCGAAGGGAAAGAGAGAACAGCGCGAAGGAGCAGUAGGAGAGGAGGACGCUGGUUGGGGCUGUUUUGCUACUCCAACCUCGUACUCCGCAACGCUCCGCCGUCUUUCUCCGAGCUGUUACAAUGUUCAUGUGUUAUUACUCAGUGUCCUCAAAGGAAAGCGCAACGGCGAGAAAACAAAAGCAAAUGUAAGAAAAUGUAGCAAAAUACAGUGAAAAAAAAACACACACACACAAACCAAGAAAGAAUGAACGAAAGAGAAAACAACUAUUUAGAAGAAAUAAUAAAACAAGAAAACUCUAAAGCAAACGCUUUUGGAUGAUGAA